AGCUCUUCUCAAGCCAGGAGGAAGGUAGCCAGUCACAGCAGCCAGUACUUGGUGGAGGACAAACAGAGGAGCAGGUUCCCGAAGUAACCUUGAGAUCUCGGCUGCCCAUGUUAUCAACAUCUCAAAGACUACAAAACCUCCAGAAGAAGCCGCAAAAAAGCAAAGAUGACAUGCUGCAAGCAGUUAUGCAGCACUCCGUCACAGAGAGUCAAAAAGUGCAGGACUGGAGGGAAAGGGAAAGCAGGAUCCGCCAGAAAAACGCAGAGGACAGGAAGAAAAGCACAAAGCAGCUGAUAGGCAUCCUGGCGCGCCAAGUGGACUCUAUCCAGGCGCUCGUAGCCAUGCAGGCAGAGCACUACCGCGCCCGCCCCCCCCCGUCCCAAAGCUCUUUCCCUUGUGCCCCAAUGUCAGCUCAAAACCCCCUUCCCCCCAGCAUCCAGGUUCUUACCACCACCAGCUGCCUCCAACACCUGUACGUUCACCAACCAGCCCUGAGAACUACAACUCUUACCCUCUGCACUCAACCCCCAUCACCAUGCAGUAUAGCCAAUCUGAAGUGCAGCAGUCAUUGCACAGCACUCCAGACAGGACAUAUUCAAAUCUGUGACUUUACAGUUCCUCACCCCACCCCUCUGUCUGCAGAAUUACUGCCUACUGGCUGCCAACUUAGUGCUUCUGCCAACCAUCUGAAUGUGUAUGGAACUGUUAGCAUUAGUAACAGCCUACUUGUAGGUGAAGGGUAG